CGCAGCCAUUUCUCUGCUCCCCAUGAAAACACGCAGCGGACUCGGCUGGCGUGAGUCCAUCACGCACGUUACCACGCCGCCGUGCGGGACUCGAUCCUCGUAGCGGCGCGUAUCGAUGCAGAAGUCGGCUUCGGCUGCCUGAGACCCGCGGCCUCCAAACUUUCUCCACAGACCAACGCCUGCGCAGACGAAGCACGCGGCUCCUCCAGCGCUCAGGCCCAUGUCGGUGCUCGUGUGUCCGCAGCAGCAGCAGCAGUCAUGGAGGAGAACCUGCAGGGAGGCCUCAUCACCACGCAUGUGAAAACUGAAGCGGUGGAUGAACACACAUCUGCGCCGGUGCCGAGCAGCCAGGAGCCGCCUGUCUGCGGAGGAGCAGGAGGGGGAGGAGAGGGAGGAGGAGAGGAUCAGACUGCGGAGGAGCUGCAGGAGGCAGCCGCCUCUAAAACCUCAGUGCUGCUGUAUCCUGUGAGCACUGAGCGCUUCUUCACCACAUCAGGAGAUGGAAAGACCUACCUGAAGAUAGCUCCAGCUUCAGUGAUGCCUCCGGCUCCGUCAGACAAGACGCUUCCCUCUGGCUCAGAUUUCUCCUCCAAAGCUGUUCUGUGUCUGAUCGAGGCCGUCGGGCGUCGCUGGGGUCUGUACGAGACCCGGGAACGCUCUCAGCUCUUCCAGAGCGUCCAGGAGGAGAUGGCCUCCAAGGGUCACGUGCUUCCUGUUGAGAAGAUCCGUCGCAAGUGGAACAACCUCAUUGUCACGUACAAGAGGGUUAAAGACCGCAGCCGGGAGACGGGACACGCGAAGACAUCCUGGGAGUUCUUUGAUUUGAUGGAUGCCACACUCUGCGACACUGUUGGAACUCAGAUCAGCAACAACAAAAGACACAAAGGUGGCAACGCGGCCUCUACGCUUCCCUGUGCUUUGGCAAAAAUCGCUGCAAAACCCCAGCCCCCCACCAUUGUCUGCCCGAAUGGUGACUUUGCUCUGCCUGGUGGUUUGGAGUCAGUGGGUCAGGGAGCCGCCACCAAUCAAAUCAUCAGUAGCACGGACACCAUUACCUCAGUGGCUACAGCGACCAUCAGCCCGACGAAUGCUCCAGAGGUCAAGCCCCUGAUCGUUCUCAACGGUGACAUUGUUACAACCAGUAUUCAUCCCGCCACCAUUGUGCCGUCUCCAUCUUUUAUCUCCUCGCCUCGUUUUACGGAAACGGCCUCGACUUCCCCCUCCCUCGGCUCGCCCAGUAGCACAGACCUCAGCGUGUCACACCUCGUAAGCCGCAAAGCUCCCUCCUUCUCGUCAGGCGUCAUUCCUUUUCGUCUCAGUGCGGCGCCAGUCAGCAACAGUCAAAACCUCCUCGGCCUCUCGUCGUCUUUCUCCCCAAUGUCCUCCUGCCUCAUGUCCUCUGCCGCCACCUCAUUGUCUGCAACAAGCCUGUCCGAAAGCGAAGCGCAGAACCAGAAAGGACACGAGGAGCAAAGCAGCAUAGCUUUGCUCCAAGAGCUUCUGAAGCGGCAGGAGGAGCAGGCGCACAUGGAUCGAGUGGCUCGCCGCAAGGUUGAUGCCAGAGAGAAGAGGCGUGAGAGGAGGGAGGUGCGGAUGGCGGAGUCCCUCGGGAGGAUAGCCACGGCCCUGGAGCUGCUCUCCUCCAAACAGGACACAGUCAUCGCGCUCCUGCAGCGACUGGCUGACAGAAAGUGAUGUCAGGUGAAAGACCAGCAAACAGAAGCUCUCUAAAAAACCUUUGGUAUCAAACGACCUCAUACUCGACAUGAUGGAAAACAACUUUUGUAAAUUAAGAAUAAUUGAAGUGUAAUGUUGCUGUGACAUGACGUUCAGAGCAUUCAAGGGAUAGUUCACUGAAAAAUGAAAAUCCCCUCAUUAUCUCCUCACCACUGUGCAGAUGGAGGCGUGGGGGAAGUGUUUGAGACCACAAAACACUUUCAGGGGUAAACUCUGUUGCAGCAGAAUCCAGAGAGUCCUUCUUCAUACGUGAUAAAACAGAAAAAACAUAUCCUGCCUCCAUUCUGCUCCUGUGGUGUCACCAAGCGUCAGCAAGCCUCAGUAUUCAUAUUCGACUCGAAUCGACGUCAUUUUUAUCCUAAAAGUCUUCUGACAUCUUCCUAUCUUCACCGAGCAUCGGACAUGCUAACAUCCACUAGCUUAGCACCUUCCGAUGGACUGUUAGCUUAAAGCCUAGUUUAUGCUUCUGCGUCGCGUCGACGCCUGCGCUUCAACAUUUGCAAUAUAAGCAUUUGUUCUUCAAUAUUGAUGAGCUCCAACUCCAAAUACAGCUGCUCCACCUCGGUCACCAUUGUUUACUGUUGUUUACUUUACAGAUGAAAAAGCGACGAUUCGGCUAUCACCACACAAACACACAGCCCGGCAUGGCGGUGAAUUGCAGAGCAACGCGUUCCCUCGACGCAGAACUUCGAAUGCUCAACAACUGUGUCACGUCGACAGCGUAGGUACGGCGUCGACGUGACACAGAAGCAUAAACUAGGCUUUAGGCUAAAAACACGGUGUCAUUCGCCUCGUUUCGAUGUGAACCUCACUGUGGUGGUUUGCUAACCAAGUGUCUGCCUCUCACAGAUUGUUUCAUUUUCCUACAUCCACUUCAACAAUUAAAACCUUCACACAUCACA